AACGUUUUUGGAACUUCUACUGUACCUGAAUCGGUGGUCUUGGGGCUGCAGCCUGUGUUUGUCACGAUGGACAUGGUGUCAGAUGAGAGGGAGGCUCAGUUCAUCACUCCCCCACUCGGUACUUUAGGUGACCGUCCCUCACCCCCAGAACUAGCAGGCAGAGAUCACUUUCACGUCUUUAUCAGCUACAGCAGCUGUGACUCACCAUGGACACAGAGACUCAUUACCUGGCUAGAGUCCCCUCAGUGUGGUCUACUGACCUGCUACCACGAGAGAGACUUUGUUCCUGGCUGCAGCAUCCUGGAGAACAUGACAAACUGCAUUCAGAAAAGUCAGAAAGUGCUCCUUGUCCUUAGUCAGGACUUUGUGAGGAGUCGCUGGUGUCUGCUGGAGGCCAACUUGUCCCUGUUCAGAGACUGCCUGGAGCGCAAACCUUUGGUACCGGUGCUACUGGAACCUGACAUCACCAUUCCGAUGCACCUUUGUCACAUAACAUACCUGGACGCUAAAGACCCGGAGUUCCACAGUAAACUGUUGAAAGUUCUCUGCACCCCCAAUCACCAGAUGCAAGGUUCUAGUGUGGUGCCUUACCAGCCACCCUCUGUGUACAAUGGGAAAGCUCUGCAGCCUCUCUCAGCACUAAAUGGGGGGGGAGGCCUCAAGGAAUGGGAGGCAGGUCUCUUCAGUGAGGGUGUUCCAGACCAGUUGCGUUCAAUCCUACACAAUGAUGAGAAGUAUGUUGCAGCAAUCAGGAAUAUUAACAGUGUUUCUCUAACAAAAGCAAUGUCUAGGACUUCUGUGGCGUUGUUUGUGUGUGCUGCUAUAGGAUUUGUGUCUUUACUGACUGGAUCAAUUGUAAUUAUGGGUGUUUUUAUGGAUUCAUCAUAUCGGCCACUGUUAAGCAUUUAUGUCCUACCCCUCCUUGCUUGGCUGAGAAUAGGUUUGUGUGGAAAUGAGAUGACGAUGUAUAUAAUAUCUAACAUGCAGAAGUGUGCUGGCCAGGCUAAUGUCGCCCUUGCUGAGGAGAAGAUUCUCAUGGGCUGUGAGUCACGAACCAAACUGUGCUUUGUUUACGUAUCUUUGGAAGGAUGCAAGCUCAUGUUUAAUGAGACUUUCCAGGAGAGUGCCCUUGCCAACGAGAUGUUCCAAAGAGCCCUGCUCCUCCUCUCACCAGGGUAUGCCUACUGUUUAGCCAAUAAGCACUUCCCCUUCGACAUGACCAGCUCACAUGGCCACUUAGACGGUGGUGUGUGCUUCUGCCAGUAUGUCAUUCAAAAGCUGAAGAAUGACUAGUCACUAGUGGUCAUAGGAUUCAACUUUACGCUCAA